UUAUUGCCAGCGUAAAAUUCCUGCAAUUCGGAACUGCCUUUCAGCAACAGAGCAAUAUAUAUAUAUUGAUUUGUCCAAAUUUUCUGUUUGAGUUGGGACGGAACAUGCGCGACAAUAUCGUCAUCAACACAAGCCACCAUAUCAGGCAUGGCUGAAUCAAAUCUAGCCGGUAACCCCCCUGGGGCCCCUCCUAACAAAACGGCGGGAGAAUGUAAACCAGCCUGUUGUUGUAACAGUAAGGGAGACGGCUGUGUUUGUGUAGCUGGAUACAGGCAGUCAAGUCAAUAUUAUACCCAAGACUCUGUAUUACAAGUUGACGGAGAAACCUAGGUUACACAAGUCUAGUGUAAAGCUUAUUUCAUACAGCGGUGACAGUAUACCAGUCGCUGGAGCAUGUAUGUUGAAAUUACACCACAAAGGGCAGACAACUCCGGUUCACUUCGUAGUAGCAGAGAAGGCAGCAACAGCGAUUCUGGGGGUAAAAGCCUGCGACAAGCUCAACUUAGUUAAGCGUGUAUUCAACAUUGAUAAAUCUACACAGUCAGCCUCAACAGAGAGUAUAGUACAGGAUUUUUCUGAUGUAUUUGAAGGACUGGGAUGCCUACCAGGUUACCACAGCAUACAAGUUGAUUCAUCAGUAAAACCAGUAGUACACCCGUGUAGAAAGGUUCCAUUCGCCAUACAGGACAGAUUAAAAGAUGAGAUUGACAGAAUGGAGAAAUUGGAAGUCAUAUGUAAGGAGGACAAUCCUACUCAGUGGGUAAGCUCUAUGGUUGUUGUGGAAAAGAAAAACGGACAACUCCGAGUGUGCCUUGACCCCAGAGACUUGAACCGUGCAAUCCAACGUGAACAUUAUAAACUUCCGACAAGAGAAGAAAUUAUGUCAAAGUUCAAAGAUACCAAAUACUUCAGCAAACUUGACGCUUCCUCUGGAUUCUGGCAAAUGAGACUGGACUCCGACUCAUCGAAGUUGACCUGUUUUAAUACACCGUUUGGCAGGUAUAGGUUUCUCAGGUUACCCUUCGGAAUAUCAUCUGCUCCAGAGGUAUACCACAAGGCAAUACACAUGUUAUUCGAGCACGUAGAAGGAGCUUCAUCGAUAAUGGAUGAUAUCAUUGUAUGGGGAAGUACUCUAGAGGAACAUAAUCAGAGAUUACGGAAAGUACUAGAGGCUACUAGAGCAGCAAACCUGAAACUCAACAAAGACAAAUGUGUCUGUGGAGUACAGUCAUUAACAUUCAUAGGAGAUGUUGUGUCUGCAGAGGGUAUGAAACCUGAUCCUUUGAAAGUUCGGGCAAUUCAAACUUCUGAGUCAAAGAAAGAUGUACAACGCUUCUUCACAGGGGAGGCCGUCCUUAAAUGA